ACAAAAUAGCAAAUACAAGUCUAAGAGGCAACAAACUACAAUAAAGAAUCAAAUACAGAUAUAGGAGCCAUGGAUAGAGGUUUUAAGGAAGUUGUGGUAUUGAUGAUAUUGAUAGCAGCGAGUCUUAUGGUUAUGGUGGCUGAAUCAAAUGAAGCCUCUCCACCCCCAGAUUCCGACUACGAUGAUCCACCUGCACCAAGCCAUGAUUGGAAACACUCUCUUUGUUCUUGUAGCGUAGAAUGUGCAGAGGACUGUCAUCCAACUGCGCAUCACUUCCCUGUCCUUUGUAUGAGUAAAUGUGCGCUAAAAUGCCUGAAAAAGUCUCUACCUCCCUAUUAUUUCGUUUCCAACUGUGCAAAUUCCACCACCUCUAAUGAUAAAAAACAAUUGGAAAGCUACAGGGCCUUGGAACAAGUUGGGAGAUUUGUAGAUUCCUGUUACAAGAACUGCAAGGAGCUGAUAAAUUAGCAGUUGAUCCUGAUGAUAAAAUGUGUAAUAAUGGUUCAACAUCUUUUGUUUGAUACUUAAAAAAAAAAAAAAUAGAUGAGGAUAAAAGCUCCUUGUGAAAUAAGUAAUAUAAUUAUAUAAUUUGAAGAAUAAAAAAAUUUAAUAAUUGUUAAAGA